GGCCGAUGUCAAUGCCGAUGUCAAUGCCAAUGCCAAUGCCAGUGCCAUUGCCAUUGCCAUUGCCAAGGGACAGCCCUCGGCGCAGCCUGCGGGACGGUUCAAUGUCGAUGUCGAUGUCGACGCCGACCCAGCCCGUGGAUACUUCUCAUCACUGGAUCACUGGAUCACUGGAUCACUGGAUCACUGGAUCACUGGAUCACUGGAUCACUGGAUCACUGGAUCACUGGAUCACUGGAUCACUGGAUCACUGGAUCGCUAGGAGAGGCAGUACGGUAUCAUAGGUAUGCCAAUCCGCGGACCAAUGACUAUAUUUUUUGCCUAAGUAAGUAAGAGGUAGGUAUUAUUCAGCGCAGCAUCACAUGUACAAACACGAAACAUGGUAUCAUAUAUCGUCCACCCCCCCUCAAUCCCCACCCUUUUAUCCCCCUCCUCCCACCCUCACC